UCUCUCUCUCUCUCUCUCUCUCUCUCUCCGUCUUCGCUCGGCGCAGUGACUCGAAGCCUCCCUCCUCCGACAAUGCUCGCUCGCCUGGCCACGAAGCGCCUCCAUGAGAUCCGCCAGGUUUUCCGUCAAUCUCCUCAGGUCUCUCGGUCGUUUUCGACUGCUUUGAACUACCAUAUCGAUUCGCCGGAUAACAAUCCGGACCUGCCGUGGGAGUUCUCGGAUGCCAAUAAACACAAGGUUAAGGAGAUAUUGUCUCACUACCCAUCUAAUUACAAGCAAUCAGCUGUUAUCCCCCUGCUUGAUCUUGCACAACAGCAGCAUGGAGGGUGGCUUCCAGUUUCAGCAAUGAAUGCGGUUGCUAAGGUCAUAGAAGUUGCUCCUAUCCGUGUGUAUGAAGUUGCAACCUUUUAUUCGAUGUUCAACCGGACAAAGGUGGGCAAGUACCACCUGUUGGUCUGUGGCACGACCCCUUGCAUGAUUCGUGGCUCACGUGAAAUUGAAUCAGCCUUACUGAAACACUUGGGAGUGAAGCGCAAUGAAGUGACCAAGGAUGGUUUAUUCUCUGUUGGGGAAAUGGAAUGCAUGGGUUGUUGUGUUAAUGCUCCCAUGAUAACUGUUGCUGAUUACUCCAGCGGAUCGGAAGGAUAUACUUAUAAUUAUUAUGAAGACAUCACUCCCGAGCGUGUUGUUGAGAUAGUCGAGAAGUUGAGAAGAGGGGAGAAACUACCACCGGGGACUCAAAAUCCGAAGCGCAUAAAGUGUGGACCAGAAGGAGGGAACACGACUUUGUUAAGCGAGCCAAAACCUCCUCCGUGCCGGGACCUUGACGCGUGCUAAAUCUUCAGCAAUUUGUUCUCUUAACAAUAAUGCGAGGCCAAAUUGUUGUUAGGGAUCACCACCCUUUGUACCCGCUUGUUGAUUUUGAUUACUCUCAUAAGUGUACUGGCGCACCAGAACUGUUUCUGGUCUACAUAUUAUUCCAUGGAGUCGCAGCUCCUUUCGAGAUA